UUCUGGAUAGACUUGGCCCUGUGCUGUAGAUAGCUUGUCUCCAGCCCUGUCUCAUGGAUGGAACUUGGACCCAUGCUGCAGCCUUGUCUGUGUCUCCUUUUGCUCCUGUGUGGGUUCCUUGGAUGGCCCCUGGACCUCAUGUAUCACCUUGCUUUAUCUGGGACUGUUGAUAGACCCUAUUACCACCAAUGCUGUGGUCUUCCUCAGCUCCCAGCUUGCUUUCUGUUGUGGAGCAGCCCUGCUCUUACUACUCCCUGAUAUCAAGACAGAGAGAAGUGGGGAGGAAGGACUGACUACAGCAGCACAGGGGACACUGGAGGACCUGCCACUAAGGAGUGAGGGAGCAGGGAAGAAAGCCUCCUUGUGUGCCUGCAGUGAGGAAGAGACGUAUUCAGCAGUUUUCUUCCCACAGGAUGGACAGGAGGAAAUUAUGGGACUACCUGUGGCUUCUUCAUCCCUCAGCAGGUUUAGCACACUGAAAGCAUGGCUACAAGUGCUGUUCCCAGCGAAAACCUCCCCACGUACAAGCUGGUGGUGGUUGGAGAUGGUGGCGUGGGGAAGAGCGCGCUCACCAUUCAGUUUUUCCAGAAGAUUUUUGUGCCGGACUAUGACCCAACUAUUGAAGACUCCUACCUGAAGCACACGGAAAUAGACGGGCAAUGGGCAAUUCUUGAUGUUCUGGAUACUGCAGGCCAAGAGGAAUUCAGCGCAAUGCGGGAGCAGUACAUGAGGACCGGAGAUGGUUUUCUUAUAGUCUACUCAGUGACGGACAAGGCUAGCUUCGAGCACGUGGACCGGUUCCACCAGCUGAUCCUCAGAGUCAAGGACAGAGAGUCCUUUCCAAUGAUUUUGGUGGCGAACAAAGUUGAUCUAAUGCAUUUACGGAAAAUUACAAGAGAACAGGGAAGAGAAAUGGCAACAAAACAUAAUAUUCCCUAUAUAGAAACUAGCGCCAAGGACCCACCUCUAAACGUUGACAAGGCCUUCCAUGAUCUCGUGAGGGUAAUAAGGCAACAGAUCCCAGAGAAAAGCCAGAAGAAGAAGAAAAAGACCAAAUGGCGAGGGGACAGAGCCACGGGCUCCCACAAACUCCAGUGCGUGAUUUUGUGACGGGACCGCCUGGGAGUGCCUUGGACGCCUCCCUCCUCCCCCCUUGACUCACCGCCAACCCAGGCGAGGAGCAGCAGCACGGCCCCGCCGCCCCCUCGGGCUCCCCAUGGCGGCUUGGGCUCGGAGGAGGCGGCUCGACGGGGUCCGGACCCCCCCGGAGCGGGGCUGCGCGUCGGGGCCGGCGUGGGAGCCGCGCGAAUGGGAGGCGGAAGGGAUCAGCAGGACCUCGACUCUCAAACAUCCCCAGCGCCUUCCAGGGGCCUCCAUGAUGUUUAUUUAAAAAAAAAAAAAAACAAAAAACCAAAAAAAGGGAAGAAGAAAAAAAAAGAAAAAAAAGUGUUGGUUUUAUCUGCGAACAUUUCUCCUUGUGACCCAUUUCUGAACAGCCAUGAAUAGCCCCCCUGUUUGGUACAGUGGUCUGUGUAUGUGUGGGGGAAGGGAAAGGGCUUUGC